GGUUACCUCAUCGAGCGGCACGCGUGCUUCCCUUCUGGCGCAGGCUUUGGAGUAUGGCUGGCGACAGUGGACUAGGCCCCGAUCCUUCCUGGGAAAAGUAUUUGAAGCCCAAAAUGGUUAAAGUAGCUGAACAGCUGUGUCCACGUCGACACAACCUUGUCCCUCGACUGUACGCUGCGGACCUUAUCAAUAGCGAUGAAGAGCAGGAGUUCAGUUUGUCACAAGAAGCAGACACGAAACUGGCACUGAAGAUAUUACGCGUGCUUCGUAAACAAGGCCCUGGAUCGUUUGACAAAUUCUGUGACGUGCUUCGAGAUGUUGAAGAUGGAUCAUUAUGUGAUGUCGAGAGGGUUCUUCGUCCACGUCCUUAGAAUUAUUAUUAAUUAAGGCAAGACGUUAUCAAACUGAAUUGGUGUAGACUACAUCGGUAAUGUGUUCGUCUCUAGUGCCAUCUGGCACUAUUAGCGUUUGUCUCUAGAAAUCUUAAAUUUUUGUAGCGGACUGAUUCAUUAGCUAGUUUGUUUUGCGGAUAAUGAAUUGAGUACACGUUAAAGUACAUUGUGAAAUCUA